GAUUUCCCUGGUGAGAUGAUAAAUCUAGAGAAUAUACAAGUAGUCUUGCCUGAUGAUAUUUACUAUUUAUUAGUCGAUUAUUACAAUAAUUGUUAUAAAUCAACUUUUGUUCCUAUUAGUGAACUUAGACUAUCAACAACCAUUCAUCCACUUAUAAAUUAA